UAUUAUUGAUAAUAAUUCAAUUGUCAUAAUAAACCUAUUUUUAAAAAAAUAAUAAAUAAUAAAAUGAAGAUUGCUCAUGCCUAGAAUAAAAAUAUUUAUUACCUGAACCAUUUCGUGUAAAAGGAUAAGCAUCUAAAACUUUGAAUGAUACAUCUUUUGUAGUUUAAUUUACAUUAGAAACAUUAGAAAAAACAGCUACUAAAUCUUUAUAAAUAAAUAAUGAAAUUAUAACUGAAGUUUAAAAAUAAUUGAAAAAAAUUUAAAAAUUAGUUAUAUCUACAAGCGAAUUUUCUGUACAACCUAAAUACAAAUAUGUAUAUGAUAAAUAAACUUAAUAAGAUAAUUAGAUUUUUGAAGGAUAUAAAGUAACAAACUCAAUUUAAGUAUAAUCUGAUUAGAUUGAGCUUGCAGGAUAGGUUAUUGAUAUCGGAAUAUCUAAUGGAAUGACUGCAGUUGACUUUGUUUAAUUUACGCCUAAUUAAUAAAAUAUUAAGGAUUCUUAAUAAUCAUUGAUUGAAAGCGCAAUAUAAAAUUCUUAAUUUAAAGCUGAAAGCGCCCUUAAAGCUAUUAAUCAUAAAAUUUUAUCAAUUAAAUCUAUUGAAAUAGUAGAAGAUAAUAAAUAUACGUAACCUUAAAAAAGUGAUAGAAAUAAUCGUGCAUAUUCUGCUUCUGAAGCUGAUUCUGCUGUUUCUACUUAACUUAGUGGAUCUUAGUCAAAAAUUGAAGUUUAGGUAUAUGUUACUUUUAUUAUUGAAAAAAAUUGAAAAUAAUUAUAUUUU